ACACACGCCCUUCAACAACCUUUCUCUCACCAAACAAAAUGGCUCGUUCUUUCUCAAACGUUAAAAUUUUCUCUAUUUUCGUUGUCGAUGGAUUCUCUAACGCUGUCUCAAGACGAGGAUACGCGGCGGCAUCACAAGGAGUAGUAUCGAGUGGAGUAAAGGAAGCAGCGGCUUCGAGAAAUGCCGCUGUGGUGAAGAAAACAGGAGAAGAUAUGGGAGCUGCAGUAACUAAAGAGAACGUUAACUGGGUUCCCGACCCCAAAACCGGAUACUACAGACCCGAGAACUCUACCACCGAUAUUUGCCCGGCCGAGCUCAGAGCCACGUUCUUGAGGAGGAACUAAAUAAA